AUUCAUUCCGCAUCACUUUUUGUAGUAACACAAAGGCAUGGCAAUCAGUUCCAAUCAUGACGUCGUACCAGCUGCACAUUUAAAAUGUUAUUCAUACUUCUAUUCAGUUUUCCGUGUACUAUUGCUGUUGAAAAUGAGGAGACGAACGUUCGGAAGCCAUACGCUAUCCUACCUGUGCCUUUAGACUUCCCGAAUCGCAACGAUCGCGCUGAGCAAUGCUGGCUGAGGAUAGAGGACGUAGAGUUGACGGAAACCCUCGCAAUAUAUUGCCAUAUCGCCCAUGCAUUUCUUCACUACUUCAUCCACGAAUACAACACUCGAAAGAUGCUGGAAGACAAAGUGGACGUAAGUCUUUGGAACGAGGAGCCGAGACCGAUGGAGGACAUUCCAUUUCCAAGGGAAGACACUGAUUUAAGGGAGAAGGACAACCAGAAUGCCUUUGUAGACUGGAAGCAGACGACCAUAAAAGACCCAACGACACGUAGGCGACUAUACGUCACCAAAAAAGCUGAUUGCAGGCUCAUCAUGUACAGCCGCGAUGGAAUGACUAAUUACGAGGUGGAUUGUGGUAAAAUUUUGUACUUUAUUAACGUUCGUAUGAACAGCUGUGCAGUGUACAAAUGUAGCGUGAAAAUGUUCAUGGUAGCGUUGUUUGUUCUCUUAUUUAAUAGCCUAUAGCUUGAAGCCAUAUUCUUUUAGUUCAGCGACAUUCGCUGGUGAUAAUAUAUUAUUUAUUGCUUAUUGUUUUGUUUGGUUAAAUAGGUUUAGUUUUAAUAUAAUGUGUGUUAUUAAAUGGUUACUUAUUUUCACAACAAAUUAUAUUUAUUUACAAGAUUGUUAUUUGUAUGAAUAAAAAUUCGAAUAAAACGA